AGACAUAGCUCAUGUUACGAAAGAUCUGCAUCACGCAUGCGCGGUGGGUGCAUGCAACGCUUUAAAAGGCAGACCGAGCGUCAUCUGUAAGCGACACAUCUUUGUCAGUGAACAAAAUGGCGACGUAUUGUCUUACUGCAACCCGGCUUCAGCUUGCCCUGGGACAGGGGGCUCGGCGGCUGCAUGUGGCAGCCGCCCUCCGCGCCAAAGCCAGGGUGGCCGUCAGCCGCUUUGAGCCCACUGCCUAUGUCAACUAUGAGAAGCUGCGCUCCAGCAUUGACAUUGUACGUAAAAGGCUGAACCGGCCGCUCACCCUGUCUGAGAAGGUCGUCUACGGGCACCUAGAUGACCCGGUGGGGCAGGAGAUCACGCGCGGACGCACCUACCUGCGACUGCGGCCGGACCGCGUGGCCAUGCAGGACGCCACGGCCCAGAUGGCCAUGCUACAGUUCAUCAGCAGUGGACUGCCGCGCGUGGCCGUGCCCUCUACCAUCCACUGCGACCACCUGAUCGAGGCCAAGGAUGGUGGAGCCCAGGACCUACAGAGGGCCAAGGAAGUGAAUCAGGAGGUCUACAGCUUCCUGGCCACUGCUGCAGCAAAGUAUGGAGUAGGCUUCUGGAAACCUGGUUCCGGAAUCAUCCAUCAGAUCAUCCUGGAGAACUACGCAUACCCUGGGGUGAUGCUGAUUGGCACAGACUCGCACACCCCCAACGGAGGAGGCCUGGGAGGAAUCUGCAUCGGUGUGGGGGGGGCCGACGCUGUCGACGUCAUGGCUGGCAUCCCCUGGGAGCUGAAGUGCCCCAAUGUGAUUGGCGUGAAGCUGACCGGCACCCUGUCUGGCUGGACGUCCCCAAAGGACGUCAUCCUGAAGGUGGCCGGUAUCUUGACGGUGAAGGGGGGUACGGGGGCCAUCGUGGAAUACCACGGCCCGGGCGUGGACUCCAUCUCCUGCACGGGAAUGGCCACCAUAUGCAACAUGGGGGCUGAGAUCGGGGCCACCACAUCGGUGUUCCCCUACAACCACCGCAUGAGGAGCUACCUGGAGAAGACAGGCCGCGCGGAUAUCGCCACAGCGGCGAAUGAAAACAAAGAUAUUCUGGUGCCUGAUGCCGGAUGCGAAUAUGACCAGCUCAUCGAGAUCAACCUCAGUGAGCUGAAGCCCCACAUCAAUGGUCCCUUCACACCUGACCUGGCUCACCCCGUGGCAGAGAUCGGGGCGGUGGCCGAGAAAAGCGGCUGGCCCCUGGAUGUCAAAGUGGGCCUGAUUGGCAGUUGCACAAACUCCAGCUAUGAGGACAUGGGCCGCGCUGCCUCGCUGGCCAAGCAGGCCCUGGACCACGGGCUCAAGUGCAAGGCCCAGUUCACGGUGUCGCCAGGCUCUGAACAGAUCCGCGCCACCAUCGAGAGGGACGGCUACGCUCAGAUCCUGAGGGACGUGGGGGGCGUGGUCAUGGCCAAUGCCUGCGGCCCCUGCAUCGGCCAGUGGGCAAGGGGUGACGUCAGUAAGGGUGAGAAGAACACCAUCGUCACGUCCUUCAACAGGAACUUCACAGCCAGGAACGACGCCAACCCGGCCACUCACGCCUUCGUCACUUCCCCAGAGAUCGUCACGGCCCUGUCCAUCGCCGGCAGCCUGAAAUUCAACCCAGAGAAGGACUUCCUGACUGCGGCCAACGGGGAGAAGUUCAAACUGCAGCCGCCCACGGGGGACGAGCUGCCGGCGCGUGACUUCGACCCGGGACAGGACACCUACCAGCACCCGCCGGAGGAGGGCGGCUCUGUGCGCGUCGACGUCAACCCACAGAGCAACCGGCUGCAGCUGCUGGAGCCCUUCGAUAAGUGGGACGGCGGGGACCUGGAGGACAUGCGGGUGCUGAUCAAGGUGAAAGGUAAAUGCACCACCGACCACAUCAGUGCCGCUGGGCCCUGGCUCAAGUUCCGCGGCCACCUGGACAACAUCUCCAACAACCUGCUGAUCGGCGCCGUCAACAUCGAGAACGACGCCGUCAACAAGGUCCGCAACCAGCUGACGGGGGAACACGGUGGUGUGCCCGAUGUGGCCCGCCACUACAAGAAAAAUAACAUGCAAUGGGUUGUGGUGGGCGACGAGAACUACGGCGAGGGGUCAAGCAGGGAGCACGCGGCCCUGGAGCCCCGGCACCUGGGGGGCCGCGCCAUCAUCGUCAAGAGCUUCGCCCGCAUUCACGAGACCAACCUGAAGAAACAGGGCCUGCUGCCCUUAACCUUCGCUGACCCCCACGACUACGACAAAGUCCGCCCAGAUGACAAGAUCUCCAUCACCGGCCUCAAAAAGUUCAUCCCUGGCAAGCCCCUGAAAGCCAUCAUCAAGCACAGUGACGGCAGCCAGGACACCAUACAGCUGAACCACACCUUCAACGAGACGCAGAUCGGAUGGUUUCAGGCCGGCAGCGCCCUCAACAGGAUGAAGGAGCUCCAGUAAUGAGUGGGACGAGUCAGAGGAGGGGCUCUAGGUUUUUGGGGGGGGGGUAUAUUUAAAUAGUAACGGUUGUACAAAUGUCUGUUCACACAGAUGCCAGUUAAAGUCCAUAAAGCAUAAGACUUGUAUAUACAAGAGACAGGAAAAACUGUUUUGAACCUUACUGGCGCAUACGAGUCGGGGGGAUGUGGCGUGGCGUGCGGACGGGGGAGGGCAGGGUGGGCUCAGGCGAUUCCCAAUAUCCUCCUCCGUAGCGGUUAAUGUCUCCGAAAUCAACAAUCACUUCCUGGUUAUGCCACAUUUCACCCUUCCUGGUACUUCUCACCUAUUGGCUAAAUGUGUGGCAGAAGCCGCCGGUUUAUUGGCUAGAACGUGGUCAUGUGAGUCACUCUCUGUGCGCUUUUGGACCCAGCUAGGAUGCUCACACUCCCUGUGUAUUUGUGUUCAUGUUUGUGUUCCGCACACUUUAUUGUAAAAACAGGUUGUAUAUUACAGCUGUUUGAUCUGAAACCUGUGUAAACAUCUGUAGGUUUUCUUUUGCAAUGCAUGGUUAUCAGCGCAGCAGCCGAAGAGUUAAUGUACAGGGGUUCUAUGUUUUACUUGAUUUUUAUGUUUUAAUACCGCUGCAUGUGUAAAUGGUUGCCUGUGAAACACGGUGGUCAGUGUUACCGCAGAUCUGUCAACUUCAUGGUUCCUCCAUGCUGAGGCAAACGCACACAUCACUACCUCUGUCUGUAAAACCACUCUGAACUCCCCCACCCCCUCUCCCUGUCUGCCCUCUCUCUGCCAAGAACCUGGAGGCUUCUCCCUUCUCAAGCUGCGGCUCGUUUGGAGAUGCGGCGCUUUUCCUCUUUUCGGGCCAACUGUAGAUUUGCUAGUUGGUCGCCAUGGAUUGUGAGAUAAAGGAAUAUUUCAUCGA